AACGCUGUCAUGACAGUCAAGAGGGUAAUCGAUACGCUGUGAGAGCGCGUCAUAUUCACUCUUCGCCUGCCACCGGAAAAAAGAUAAAUAAAAGCCCUUGGAUUGAGUCUCAUCACACCGCUAGCAGCCUUAUCGGAGAUGGAGAGGUCUGCGCCGGUCAUGUCUCUGUUAAUCUGCUUUUUCGUCUUGCACUCCGCCGGAGAAGUCGCCGGCGUCUUAACCGGCGGUUCCAAUGUGAGCCGCCCCUUACCGGUGCAGAGCCUCUGUGCUCAGCUUAUUCAACCCUCCGGUUAUCCUUGUUCCGAACACGCGGUUCAAACCAAGGAUGGAUAUUUGUUGGCUCUUCAACGUGUUUCGUCUCCCACUGUGAAUUUAGGAUCUCAACCUGGUCCUCCUGUUCUGCUUCUACACGGUCUCUUUAUGGCUGGUGAUGCAUGGUUUUUGGACAACACAGAGCAGUCAUUAGGCUUCAUCCUUGCAGAUCAUGGUUUUGAUGUAUGGGUUGGAAAUGUGCGUGGGACACGCUGGAGUCAUGGGCACGUCACUUUAUCAGAGAAAAACAAGGAAUUUUGGGAUUGGAGUUGGCAGGAAUUGGCACUGUAUGAUCUUGCAGAAAUGAUCCAUUAUAUAUAUACCAUGACAAACACCAAAACCUUUGUUGUUGGACACUCACAGGGGACAAUCAUGGCUUUGGCUGCUUUCACUCAGCCUGAGAUAGUGGAAAUGGUUGAAGCUGCAGCUCUUCUUUGUCCCAUAUCAUAUCUAGAGCAUGUCAGUGCUCAAUUUGUACUUAGAAUGGUCAACAUGCAUCUUGAUCAGAUGAUUCUUGCUAUGGGUAUCCAUCAACUUAAUUUUAGAAGCAAUGUGGGAGUUUACCUUUUAAAUUCUGUAUGUGAAGGCCAUUUUGACUGCAAUGACUUGCUAAGUUCAAUCACAGGGGAAAACUGCUGCUUUAACAACUCACGCAUUGACUACUAUCUUGGAUAUGAGCCUCAUCCAUCAUCCUCAAAAAAUCUCCACCAUCUGUUUCAAAUGAUCCGAGCUGGAACUUUUGCAAAGUAUGACUAUGGAAUCUGGAGAAAUCUCAAGCACUAUGGUCAGGUCAAUCCACCAAGAUUUGAUCUUAAUAGCAUACCCAAGUCAUUGCCGAUAUGGAUGGGUUAUGGGGGCAGUGAUGCCUUGGCAGAUUUGACUGAUUUCAAUCACACACUCACGGAGUUGCCAUCCGAACCAGAAUUGCUUUAUCUUGAGAACUAUGGUCACAUAGACUUCCUUUUGAGUGUAAAUGCAAAGGAAGAUGUUUACGAUAACAUGAUCAGGUUUUUUAGGUCACGAGGAAAGUCUAGUUGUUCAGCUGGUUUGUGCAAUAUAUGAUAGUUAUGAUUCAUGGA